CUUACCCUCCUUGCACUUAACCCAGCAACCUUCCUAUAAUCUGUGCAACUGGCAAAACCCUUGAGUUCCACUUCUGUUAUUGUCUAACCUUCACUCUUCUCGAGACCUGCCUCUCCUCCGCGCCGAAUAGCCAGCCAGACCCUUCCUUUCAGCCUGUCCUGGGCAAGAUGCUGGCAAUCCCAACCGAUUGGGACCUGAAUUCAAUCCAUUCAUCUUGACAGAACCCUUUGUUUUGCCCCAAGUCCUAGCUCGGUCGAAGCCCUUCCACAGCCUUUUGUUGCCGCUGGCCACGCGCUGCCGGUCCCUUGGCCUCUGGCUUCCCACGGCGACCGUCAAGCAACUUCGAAAUGGACAAUGCCAGCUCACUGCCCAGCGAGGCCGAGCAGGUUCGCAGGCACCAGGUCGAGAAUGCCGUCCGCGCUAUACAACAGAAGAAGCCACUCCCCGAGAUCGACUUCACCAUCCACACUAUGGAAGAUGGCACCCAGGUCAGCACCCAGGAGCGUGUCUGCAAAGACGUGCAAGCCCCUGCCUGGUUGACUCCCACCGACGAGACAUUCUACCAUGAUGAGACGCGUGAGAAGCCCAACAUCCUCUUCCUGAAGCAGCAUUUCUACCGUGAGGGCCGCCUUACCGAGGAGCAGGCUCUUUUCAUACUUGGGAAAGGCACCGAGCUGCUCCGCGCCGAACCUAACCUCCUGGAGGUGGAUGCGCCCAUCACCGUCUGCGGCGACAUCCACGGUCAGUACUACGAUCUCAUGAAGCUCUUUGAAGUUGGUGGCGAUCCAGCCGAGACAAGAUACCUCUUCCUUGGUGACUACGUCGACCGCGGCUACUUCAGUGUCGAAUGUGUUCUGUAUCUCUGGUCGCUAAAGAUACACUACCCCGACACCCUUUGGCUGCUGCGCGGAAACCACGAGUGUCGCCACUUGACCGAAUACUUCACCUUCAAGCUAGAAUGCAAACGCAAGUAUUCUGAGGCCGUCUACGAAGCCUUCAUGGAAUCCUUCUGUGCUCUCCCGCUCGCCGCUCUAAUGAACCAGCAGUUUUUGUGCGUCCACGGCGGGCUGAGCCCGGAAAUGCAUACUCUAGAUGACCUCCGGGAGAUCGAUCGUUUCCGCGAGCCACCCACCCAUGGCUUGAUGUGCGACCUACUCUGGGCUGAUCCCCUGGAGGACUUUGGCCAGGAGAAAGCCUCUGAGUACUUCCUUCACAAUAAAGUUCGUGGCUGCUCAUAUUUCUACUCGUACUCGGCCGCCUGCAACUUCCUGGAGAAGAACAACCUCCUCUCCAUCAUUCGGGCGCACGAGGCACAAGACGCAGGGUACCGCAUGUACCGCAAGACUCGAACAACAGGCUUCCCCAGUGUAAUAACCAUCUUCUCAGCGCCCAACUACCUCGACAUGUAUAAUAACAAGGCAGCCGUGCUGAAGUACGAGAACAACGUCAUGAACAUCCGGCAAUUUAACUGCACGCCGCACCCCUUUUGGCUUACCAACUUUAUGGAUGUCUUUACGUGGUCCCUCCCCUUUGUCGGCGAGAAGUUCACAGACAUGAUGAUUGCCAUAUUGGGCACAAUCUCAGCAGAGGAGCUUCGGGAAGAUUCCGAGCCCGCCUCGCCAUGCCCCGUGUCCCCGGCCAUGCCCUCCCCUGCCAGCCAAGAUCCCGAGUCGAUCGAGUUCAAGCGACGGACGAUCAAGAAUAAGAUUCUUGCCAUCGGCCGACUCUCACGCGUCUUUAACGUCCUGCGCGAGGAGUCGGAGAGAGUUACGGACCUCAAGACCGCUUUGGGUGGCCGCUUGCCCGCCGGAACUCUCAUGCACGGCGCCGAGAGCAUCAAGGAUGCCAUCAGAAGUUUUGAGGACGCCCGCAGGGUCGACAUAAUGAACGAGAGACUGCCUCCAAGCCACAACGAGGUGGUGCGACAGGCAGCCGACGAGCGUCAGCAAGCUCUGGACCGGGCGGUGCGGGAGGUUGACGGCGACAAGAAGCUGCAGACCCUCUCGAGGAAGUUGAGCACUGAUCGAAAGUGAUGGACAACGCAGGCAACUGUACAGGAACAGCAGCAGGCGGAUAUGGAAAUGCCGGGCAGCAUAGACCACGACAUCGUAUAUCAUGAUAUCUAGGGAAGGAAAAUGGCACGGCCCAUCUAGUGAAGAGUGGUUCUUAGACAAAAUCAGGUGGUUGGAGCUGUAACUCUACAUUAUACGAGCUCUGUUUAUUGGGUCCAAAUACAUGACAAUUGGCC